CCCACACUAACAGUUUAGUACAAGAGAAGACGUGAGGAAUAUUGUUUCUUUAAAUUACCAUCAAAACGUUUUUAUAUUAAAAAAAAAGAAAACAGAUAAAAAAGAGUGGAAAAUUUUCCUGUAUGAUUUACAAAACAAAUAUAAAAGGACAUAAAUUGUGAUUGUGAAAUAAAAAGGAAAAAAAAUGGGGAAAGAUUACUACAAAAUUUUGUGCAUCAAUAAAGAGGCAAGUGACGAUGAGAUUAAAAAGGCAUAUCGAAAAUUAGCCUUGAAAUAUCAUCCAGAUAAAAAUCGAUCCGCCGGUGCUGAGGAGAAAUUCAAAGAAAUUGCCGAGGCAUAUGAGGUAUUGUCGGAUGCAAAAAAACGUGAGGUCUACGAUCAAUUUGGUGAGGAGGGUCUUAAAGGUGGUGCAACAUCGGGCGGUUGUCCAGGUGGUGGUGGUUCAACUUACACUUUCCACGGUGAUCCAAGAGCAACAUUUGCACAAUUUUUCGGUUCAGCCUCACCAUUUCAAACAUUCUUUGGUUUCGGUGGACAAGGAAGUAAUCGUGUAUUUCCCAAUUUUCAUGACGAGGACAUGGAUAUGGACGAUCCAUUUGGUUUAGGAAUAGGACCACAGAGACCCGGUGGACAGGGUGGUGCAUUUCGUUCGCAUUCAUUUAAUUUUGCCGGUCCAAAUCAGGGACGAAGUUGUGGCAAAGAUCGUUCACAAGAUCCGGCAAUUGAACACGAUUUAUAUGUUGGUCUCGAUGAUAUUUUACGUGGUUGUACAAAAAAAAUGAAAAUCUCCCGCCGUGUUAUACAACCCGAUGGAACAACAAAAAAGGAGGAUAAAGUAUUGACAAUUAAUGUGAAACCCGGCUGGAAGGCGGGGACAAAAAUUACAUUUCAAAAGGAAGGCGAUCAGGGACGUGGUAAAGUGCCCGCGGAUAUUGUAUUCAUUAUUAGAGAUAAGUCACAUCCAUUAUUUAGGCGAGAGGGCAGUGAUAUUCGUUAUAUACAAAAAUUAUCAUUAAAACAAGCACUAUGCGGUACAAUUGUUGAAAUUCCAACAUUAAAUGGUGAGAAAAUAAGUCUUAAUUUGACACGUGAAAUAGUUAAACCAAAUAUGGUUAAAAGGUUACAAGGACAUGGAUUACCAUUCCCUAAGGAACCAUCGCGAAAAGGUGAUCUAUUGGUAUCGUUUGACAUCAAAUUUCCCGAUACAUUAACGCAAAGUGCAAAGGAUAUACUUUACGACACUUUACCAAAUUGAAAAUAAAAAUUGAAGAAUAAAAAAAAAAAUGUUUAUUUGUUUCGCUCAACGAGACUGAAGACUCGUAAAUAUAAUUAGAGCCUAAAAAUUUUCUCUUCAAAAAAAAAAAAUUGUUUUUUUUCUCUGGCUCUAGAAACGCGAGUCCGUCGAUUUUUUUUUUCUUUCAUCGUCGCGAACGAAUGAAUGCGUGAACUAGAAAUUAUAAGUUAAAAAAAGAAUGUGAAUAUUUUUUUUUUCGUGAGUGUGACUCAAUGGAUGAAUUUUAUAGACGUUUUGAAAAGUGGUGCAAAAGCAAUUAAAUUGUUUCCAAGAUCAAGAAAAUUCACUUCUUUGAAGAAAAGAUUGUUAAAAAAAAAAAAAAAAGUGUAAAGGACGAAAUUUUCUUUUGAAAACGUAGUUUCUUGUACUAAGAAAAAAAAAAUAGGAAGAGAAUUCAUUAAUUAGUUAAUCUUUUCAGUAAAGUUAUUUUUUUAUACUUUAGGGAGAGAAUUUAGUAAACUUUUUGAAUUGCAACAGUAUUUUUUAGUCCUUUAACACUUUUUUUUUUUUUUUUUUUUUUGUAUAAAUUCUACAAGAAAUCUGUAUAACGGAAGUGUAUUUUCUUAUCGAAUUUAAGUACUUUCUUUUCACAAAGUUGAUUUGUACACUAAAAAAAUAAUAAAGUGAACACUUUUAAGUUA